AUGGGCAGCCGCAGGCGGACCCGAUGGCGAUGCAAGCUGACGGCAGCUUUAUGUUGCAGCAGGAGGAGUACUUGGUCCAGCAGGCGCAGUGCCACCUGGGCUCCCCUUCCCCUGCGAUUGUUUGGUUUUCUGCGAAAGAGAAAGUUCUCAUUGCUACUUCGUGUUGAACUGCCAGAGUGGGCAGGAGUGGGCAAUGCGGGAUGUCAGAGUGUCAAGAUUCGUCGAAUAAAUGCAUUGCUUUUCGUAGCAUGUCUUGUGCAAGACUUUGAAUCUGAACAGAGAACAUGUGUGGCCUAG